UCUAUAAAAGAUUCGUCAUUUUGUUCGAUUAAAAAAGAAAAAAUUAAUAUUACACACUACAUUCUCUGUCAAUUUUCAUAACAUAUCUCAUUUGUUUAUGACAAUGACGAUAUUUUGUUUUCUCAUUCUUUUAUUAAGUGUUUCAUCGAUUUCGCAAAUUGAAACUUCGGAUGAAGAUAAUGAGCAAUGGGAUAAUGAAGAUAAAUUCUAUAGUGAGGAGAAAUGUGAUGACAGUCAGGAAUUUUUAAUUGAUGCUGCAUGGACAUCAGAUUGUGAUGUAACUUGUGACACAUUAUUUGGAAGAGAUAUGAAUGAAAAAAAUUGUAAAAUGGGAAUAUUUCCACGUUGUAUUUGUCGACCUGGUUUCAUUCGAAGAAACACAAAUGGCAAAUGUAUUCACCCACUUGACUGUGAUAACAAUCCUAAUAACAAAUAAAAAUAAUUUUUUUUUAACUAUAUAAACAAUUUGAAAUUAUUUUUUAUUUUUUUGUAUUAAUAUAUUUAAAUUUAUUAACAAUAAGUAAUGUUUUAAUAAUAAAAAAUUAGUUUUACGGCUUAUUCAAAAUUAUAUUCGCACAUAUAUAUAUAUAUUUGUGUUCCAGACACAUGACUAAUUUUUAAUCUUUUCAAUGAUUCAAAAGAAUUAUCAGUAUGAAAAUAAAUUAAAUUAAAAGUUCAUUAAAAAAUAAAAAACAAAU